GCUUUGGUCAGCGGAGCGUUUUAACAACGUGAUUGCGAAUCGAUUGUACUAAGGGUCGAAAAAGUCCGAAUCUUUAGAUAAAAAUGGAGCCGAUCUUGCCAGCUUUUAUCGAUGUUGGGGAACAGGACCAGGUAAGCUUCUAAUUAUGUCAUCUAUUUCGCUAUUUUAAACAUUCAACGCUUAGUUUUGAAGUUGAUUAUCAGUUCGAAGAAAAACUUUUCGUCACAUGUACAUGUACUUGAGCUUUGAGGAAGUCUCAUUAAGUACGACGAUUUUAUCCUUUUCCCCUUUGUGCGAUGUAUUCCUAAAUGUACGUGAAAUGUUUUAAUAACUUGAAAUUAUCAUGCGAGGGAACAUCAAUUCUUUCAUGAAUUUUUAAAGUCACAUAAUACAACUGCAAGCAUAAACAGCUUUUGCAUCUUACAAAUCCAUGUUCAAGCUUACAGUUGUGGUCUGCUUUAAUGUUUAUCAAGUUUUUCCCAGAGGACCAUUAGUUAUAAAUGAUAAGAUUUUUCCUAGCUCCUUAUAUGAGCCAUUUAUGCGUUCAGAACAAACGAAUUCCCUUAUGCCAUACUCUCUAAUAUGCAAACGAUAAUGCUUACACAAGAAGGUGACUUUUUGUCAUAGACCAAGAGAAAAACUCCUUUUGUUUUUGUUCAAAUAAGGCUCUGGAAAUUCGAGGUUAUCUUAAGUCCUGUGGUGCUGAUAUAAAUGAAGAAAGUAUGUCUCCAUUACAUGAGGAUUUGGAGCAGCUGUUGAUGGCAUGCGACAUUAAUUUCAAGUCAGAAGCAGGUAUGUGCCUGAAAUUUCUUAUUAUUAGACAAGUAUGAUAUUUGAAAGAAAUAAUUAUGAAAGUGAUCUUCACAGUAAUGAACACUUCUUAAUAAGCAGUAGUGAAAAUAGGGCCUUAAAGAAAAUUCAGGCCUGUACAGGAUUUGAGCCCAUGGCCUAUAAAAUAGUGUACAGUGUAAAGGGCAAUGGUUCCAUGAUCUGUUUUUAUUGUCUUUUCCUUUAGAACUUGAAGGGGUCAUGAACAGCCUUCUUUCCCUGAUACUGAUCGUGACAGAAAAAAGAGAUGACCUAAUCAGAAAAUUUUGUGACAAAGUGGCUGAAGUAAGAUCUGAUGAGGACACAUCACUGACCAGACUUAGAAUGUAAGUAAUCUUACAGGCAUGGUGAUUUUGAUUCUGAAGAGAAAAUAUUUUUUUCUUCAGGGCAGCUGUAAAUGGGCAACAUUGUCUGCCUAAUAGUUAGUGUAUUAUGUUUAAAAUACCAAGAUGAAAGAAAUGCCAUGGAAGACUUCCACAUAAUUGUUUGUACACCUUAGUACUUUCAUAAGUUUAGCAGGGGAGCCUCUUAGAAUAAUUAUAUAAAGUUCAACAGUUGUUUCUUCUAUGGUGAAAGUACACAUCUCCUGUUACCAUUAAUUUUUAUCUGGAUUAGAUUCAACCACUGAGCCCAGUUAAACAGUUUGGAGUGGAGUACACAAACAAAACUCUCUAAGAAAAUAAAUUAAAUGCAAAAACAUAUUUCCAGCAAAGGGUUAAGCCCUCUUAUUUCAUAAAUACUUAACAAACGACUGUGGAAAUGCAUCAUUUGUCCAAUCUGAGACACAAUUGAUGAUGCUUCACAGUGGAGAGCAACAAAUGGUUUCCCAUCUUUGAAAUGUGUCUCUCAGUUAGAAAAAAUCUCAAUAUGUACCUUGAAAAGUGCUUGAACAAUUUUUAUUCAUUUGUUGCAAUGCAUCAAAAUACUCAGUCUUUCUUUUUCUUGAUGUAUCACAACUCAUGAAUAAAAAUUGCUAAAGCACUUUCCAUGGAAUAAUCUCUGUCUAUUACAUUAACCCUUUAUACCUUAACAUUAGCAUGCAGACUUUCCGUACUGUUUGCAAUAAUUUAUGAUUCAGAGGUGAUAAUGCACGGAGAAAUUAGAUACUAUUGACUCUAAGGAGUCACAGGGUUUAUAGGCCGAAAAGUCACUCUCAAAGUCCAUUAUCAUUGUAGCUGUAGGGUGUAAGGAGGAGAUCUUUAUGUAAUUAACAAUUAUUCUAUGAGCACUUGUUCAAUACAAGAUCAUGAUGGUAAAUAGCCUACAAGGUGCAUAGCACUGAGCUAGCCUGUGUACAGCCACGUCAUACCCUCCAAAAGAAAAAUUGGUUUCCUAUGCCAAGCUGGCUAUUGGAUAAGCGUGGAUAGAAUAAUUUUUUUUUUUUAUGAGAUUUCACUAAAUCCUGAACAUUUGAAUUUUUGGAGCCUUUUCCAGCUUUGUAACAGUUGGUGCAAUGCACUUCCUUACAAGGUGACUCAAAAUACAUAUAUGAGCUUAUAGCCGCGCAUGAAUGAACCAAUUAGAGCACUAGAAAUACCAUGUUUGGAGUAAAAAAUUUAGUAAUUACUGAUAACCUCUGUAUCUGAUGAAUAACAGACUAAGCAUCCUGCUGAACUGGCUUCAUGAAAGAGAUCCUGUCCGAUAUGAUGUUUACUGCACUCAGGUCAAGGUUGCAGGAAAAGCUGGUUUGAUUGAUCAGAUAAAUGUAUCUUUGGAUCAGGUAGGGGAAGAAAACCUUUGCUUUUGAUUUUUUUUUAAAUUUUCUUAUAUACAAAUAAAGUUAUAUAUAGCACAUAUACAUAAGUAUCCUUUCAUUGGUUUGUGUGGUCCUGGAGAUUGAAAUCCUUGAAUCUUAGGGUAUAAAUUUAAGGUCAUAAAAAAUAACCAUGGCACACCUGCAUGUAAGCAGGGACACUCCGAUAAAAAUUUACUGCUUGGAUUACUACCUGUAUUUCCUCUUGUUACUGCCUAAAAUUGUGCAGAAUUCUUAAAAAUUUAACAGGUGAAAGGAUUGCUCUGUUAGUUUCAAUUGAAAAUGUCAUUUUACUGGUUUUGCUUAAAUAAGGAGGAACACCGACCUUGCCUCUGGACUUAUAAAUACUCAUCUCUCUAGUCAAGAAACUUGUCUUGAGAGAGGGUAGUAGCAAUCUUUUAAUUGGUUAGAGCAUUCCAGAGGAAAAAGUUUCAUAAAAAAGAUAUUAAAUUUAUUAUGUUGUUGCACUUUAAUUAAAAAUUGAUGUUCUUGUGGUGGUGGUUUUAUAGACACUUAUAUCAUGUUUAAUCCUUUGUCUCGCAAUAUAGAGUCAGGCCGUCAAUUGCAAUGAUCAUGACAUGAGACAGACAGUUAAACAUACAUUUAUAUUAUACUGUAUGUUUUUAAAAUUUUCCUCCAUUUUGUGUCAUGUUUCUGCACAUUUAGGUUAGGAGUUGGCUAAACAUGUGGGAAGUGGAUGGAGUGAAGGCCAGAAAAGUAUACAGAUUGCUUUUUGAUGCCCUGACAGAUGACAGACAAAGGCAAGUCCGAAAAUAGGUUUUUACCAUCUAAACUUGUUACAUGCAUUAAUAGUCAUGCUGCUUCUUUUUAAAAAAUCCAACUGAAGUAAUUUGGAAUUAAAGUCAAUCAAUACUUACAUGUAAUUUCAAAAGUUCUGAACUAAUUUGUAGUUCUAGUCCUGGUUUUGGUUGCCAAAACAUAAGAUAAGAGGAGGUAUUUCAUAAGAAAAUUGUAGUUUUAUUUCUCUCUCUAUCUUUUACAUUCUGUUCAUGAGUGAAACUUGUAAAGAGGCCCACUUUGUGACAACUACUAUGCAAUUUACUCAUUCCAACAAGAAAGAAGGGAAGAAAAAAUGGACAGAAGAUGAAAAGAUCUUUACAGACCAUUUAAGGCCCACAAUUCUUUUACCAUUAACAAUAUUUUUAAUAUUAGAGAACUUUUUGAUUUAGUAUCUUAAAAACCCAAACAAAAGUGCAUGUAAUCUCAACAUCUAAUCAGAAGAAAGGAAAAUACCUAUAAGAAGAAUGAGAACUCAAAGUGAAAAUAGCCAAACUGCUUAACGUGCAGGAAAACGCAGGAGACGGAGUUGUGAUCUGUUUUUAGUUUUACAUCUGAUCAGAGUGGCACAAGUUUUCUGGAAAAAUCACAGAGUGAGGCAAAGGAAAACAAUGCGAUCCUGAGUUACUUUAAACACUCCAUUGCAAAUUGCUCUAUAUACUGCGGUACAUGCAAAUGUAUGUAAAUGCAAACUGUUGUUUGUUUUGUAACAGUGAGGAGGCCACAUCAGUCAUGGUCGAACUCCUUAGGACAUACACUGAUGAAAAUGCAUCUGAAGUGAAAGAUGAUGCCAAAAAUUGUAUUGUGAGUCUUUUGGGAAGACCGAAUGUCCUCAUCAUGGAUUUCCUUCUGACACUUCCACCAGUUGCAGCUUUGCAAGGGGAACCAAUUUACCAGGUACAGUCCUGUUAAGCCUUUCACUCCCAAGAACUCAAUGGUAAUUCUCCUUACUAUCUGUCACACAAUUCCUAUGAUGUUACUUGAGAAAAUUUAUCAUUAUCAUCAGUAUUGGAUCAACUGAUAAUCCCCUCAUUUUCUUUGUUUUUGUCAUUUUUCUGCUUGAUAUUGUAACAACAUUGUAAGGGGAAAUUCUGUCUUGGUCACUCUUGUUAAUGGAUUAAAACAAAGUGAUCAUAAUGUCCAUGUACAUGUAGAGCCAUUUUUUGAGUCAGUGAUGCACAGCAGCUGUAAAUUUAAAAUCAAACCCAAAGUAAUAAAAAUGGCGUGUUCAAAAAUAGAGAUGGUGGCUAGGAUUUGUUGUCUGAUGAGCUGAAUUAUACCUACAUUUUGAUGGGUUUUUAUACUUGUGAUCUAUUGGAGAACAGAUGACAUCAACAAUCUUUUGCUCUUUUUUAUCACUGAUAUAAAACAAAUAGAUUCUAUAUUGCCAUGGGUCUUUACUAUACAGAUUAAUAGAUCACAGAGAAAGUUUAACCCUUUAACCUUUAAGAGUGACUAGCAUCUAAUUUCUUCCUACAAUUUCACCACUGAAUCACACAUUAAUGUCAUGAGAAUAAAGGAAAUGAUCACCAACUGAAGAAACUCUUGAUUGUUAGACAAUUUCUCCUGGUCAGCACCUUAGUAAAUGUAUGUCAGGGACUGUAAAGGCGGGGUUAAAUGUGGUAAGAGCAUCUGUGGUCAUUACUGAACAGGUGUAUGGCAAAAUGGAAUCUAUUUGUAAAAGACAGCAACAGGCUUGUUUUGCUGCAAGUUUGUUAAAUAUAUUUCUGCAGAACUUUCUCCCUGUUGCUUUUAUCGAAAAACUUAUAAAGUGCCUGUUUGUUCUUUCUAUUAGCUUCUGACCAUCUUUGUUUCUGGGAAACUUGCUGACUACAUGGAAUUCUAUGAAAAGAACAAAGAUUUUGUGGAUUCUUGUGGUAGGUUCUUGUGAUAUAUCCAUUUAAUCCAUGCUGCAGAAAAAAAUUGCCAUGCAAUCGGAGAGCUGUGUUAUUUUCAACAGUAUUGCUCCUAACCAUCUCUUCAUAUACUGCAAUCCUAUUUUUACCAAUUGAAAAUUAAGUAAGAAGUGCCAUUUCUACAAAAACAGAAAUUAAAACAAAAAAAAAACAAGUGACUUAACCAUUUGAUCCCUUAGAGUGAUUUGCAUCCAAUUUCUCUUUACAAACCACCCCCAAAUCACACAUGAAGGUUUCAAGAAUAAAGGAAAUGAUCACCAACGAAACAAGCUCUUGAUUUUAAAACAAAUUCUCCUUGUCUGCACUUUAGGAAAUGUAUGGAGAACAGUAUGGGGAAUAUGCAUACUGAUGUAAGGGUGUAAAGGGCCAAGGAAUAUCUCUUGGUUUACCACUCCGAAACACUGUAAGGCAGCUGGUAAAUACUCAAUGCAAAUUCUGUACAUCGGCCAAAGCUUAAAAAUUUUAUAAAUUGACAUCAGCAGAUGACAGCUGACCCUUUAACUUGUGUGGCAACCAUUCCUGCACAAACAAAAAGUCUUAUUUUCCUCUUUUUGCAUAGCCAGAAUGUGGAAAAGCUCUUUGUUUAUCAGGAAGUUUUGCUACUCAGGCUGGUGAUCAUUUUAGUUUUUGACUGUAUCAGGGCUGCACUUAUCUGGGUUUCACUAACAAAAGACUUUGGCUUCUAACCUUUGUUUUAAAUAGAAAUGUUGCAGUGUAGAAGAGAGGUUAUUCUUUUUCUCUGAAAUUGGUAUUUUGUAUUGUUCAGGUUUGACUCAUGAGAAGAACCUUCACAAAAUGCGAGUUCUAACAUUCAUGUCACUUGGGGAAGCAAAAUCAGAGGUGCAUUUUGACGAUCUCUGUAAGGAACUUAAUAUUAGUGUGGAUGAAAUUGAGGAAUUUAUCAUAGAAGGUACAGUAUUUCAUCACUGUAUACUAUUAUGUUUUCUGAAAUUUAAAUGAUGUAUUGCUUCUGUUUGUUUGUCUGUUUGGUUUUCGAACGUCUGAAGUCAUGCUUAAAUCAGUUCAUGUGAUGGUGUAGGCCUGGUAUAUAGUUGACCCAUUUUCAAUGAGUAGAAAUAAAUUCGUUUCCCCUCGUUUAUUUGUUUAUGCUAUUCUAACUUUUAACAUACUCAACAUGGAAAACAUACCGUAUUGGUAUGGGUACGAAACCACUCAACUGACUGGGUACGAAUCGACCAAGCUUGGUAUGAAACGACUGGGUUCAAAACGACCGUGAGUAGGUCUACCGACAAUAGCCCUUACUCGACCGAACGACCAGCUGUUACUCCCAGGUUCAAACCUUUUACUGGAGUAUUUUUCUCCCUUUUUACUUCAUAAUAAUUGUUUGAUUAUCACGUUUUUGUACCUUUAGGUUGUCCGAAAAUUUGCCGUUCAAAUAUAUGAACUAUCUCUGCAGUUUUAUUUAGGGUUUUUUUUUCUUUUGGUAGCACUUCGAUCAAAACUCAUUCGUACCAGGAUAGACCAAGUCAACAAGAAAGUCAUUAUCAGGUAAAGCAAUUUGCUGGUAGUGCAGUUUUCAAUUGAGUGGCAAAAAACCAAAAACCAAAGCUUUCAAAGCUGCCAUUUUUUCAAAGUAAAAACAGGUAACCUACUUAAAGCGCGGGAAAAUGCGGGUGACCGAGUUGCGAUUGGUUUUAGUAUUGCAUUUGAUUGGUUGAGAUGAUGGCACGAGUUUUCUGAACCAAUCGCAGAGCGAAGUAAAGCAAACUAAUCACUGUGGCCAAUCAGAACAAAGGUAAAUGUCUCAAAGAGCCAUUUAAAAUUUAAAGUAAAAAUCACCUGCCUAAAGGGCGGGAAAACGCGAGUGACAGGGCAUUGUCGGAUUUAGUUUUUCAUCUGAUUGGUUGGGAAGGUCUUUCCAAAUUUUUUUGACCAAUCACCGAGUAAUGUUGAUCAAAACUUAUGCAAUCUCGGAUGACUAAAAUGCUUUAAUACAUAUUCUAUGUAAAUACCUUCACCUUCGCAGCUCAGCGACACAUCGAACGUUUGGUACCAACCAGUGGCAAGAGUUACGAGAUCGCUUGGAAGAAUGGCGCCAGAGUUUGCAGAGUGUUGGUACAAGUCUAAAGGCUGUUGUUCCCGCUGUAGAUGGAUAA